CGAACGACGAAAUAAAGCCAUAUGAAAAACUAGGAAUUUGGAAAAAUUACUUGCAUUUUGUUCCCGAUAAGUUGUUAUAUUUAACUGAUUCAAUCAUGCAGCGUUACAGACCCGUGUUGAAUUUAGUACAAAAGUUUAGAAACGUAGCCUUCAUGAGCAGUAGUACCUCUGAUUAUGUGGACACGACAUAUUUGGAAAUUCCCUUGUAUGACGUUGAAAAACCUCAGCCUCUAGAGAUUCGUAAAGCUAGGCUCCAUUACCAGUCUAGGAAGAGAGGGAUGCUGGAGAAUGAUCUUUUGCUUAGCACUUUUGCUAAGAAGCACUUGGAUAACUUCAAUGAACAGCAGACUAUGAUGUACGAUCGGCUCAUAAACUCACCAAGCAAUGACUGGGAUCUCUUCCACUGGAUUGUUGAAAAAUCACCAACACCAAAGGAGUUUGAUAAUGAAAUCAUGGAUAUGUUAAAAAAGCAUGCAAAGAAUGAAACCAGAGAAUCUUUAAGACAACCUAAUCUCUAUUAAUUGUGAUAUCUUGUUAAAUUGUGUCAUGGUAGAGUUUAAAAAUUUCAUUUGUUAUUGAAAUGUUAACACCAUUUCCAGCGAUAUUUGAAAUUGAAGUUUUUGUUAUAGUUUGUGG